GAGUCGAAAUAUUCGAAGACUAAAAUUUCACUUCGCGAGAAUUAUUUAGACAACGAUUCGACUAGCUAGAUCGAUCCUAUUUUACAAACACGUUUAAUUCCUAGACAAAGAUUCAUCAUUAUUGCCGAAUAGUCACUUUAUGAUCGUGUAAUAUAUAAUGUUUUUCACGAUCUUAUUAGGUUUCUUUACACUAUUAUUUCUAUUGCACUUCUUUAUAAGAUAUGGGAGAUUAGGAAGAAUAUCCAGUCGAAUUCCUGGACCAAAAGCAUAUCCGAUAAUAGGAAAUUUAUAUCAUAUUCUAGUUGAUGAUAAACAAAUACUCUACAAAUUCUGGGAAAUUGACGACAAAUUUUAUCCAAUCCAUAGACUGUGGACCUUUUUUUUUUCGUUUGUAACUUUAAUUCAUCCGGAAGAUAUCGAGGUAUUAUUGAGGAGUACUCAACAUCUACAAAAAAAUGUACCUUACAAAUUUUUACGACCCUGGCUUUCCACUGGAUUAAUAACUAGUGAAGGUGAAAAAUGGCAACAAAGACGAAAAAUCUUGACACCAACUUUCCAUUUCAAUAUUCUUAAACAUUUCAUCGUCACAUUUAACGAGGAGGCACAAUAUCUUGUACAGUCACUGAAAGAAAAAGGAGAAGGAAAUCCGAUCAUUAGAGAUUUACAGGAACUCAUACCCGAAUAUACUUUAAACACGAUAUGCAAGACGGCGAUGGGAACCACUUUAAAAGGGUUUGGCGAACGUGAAGCUAAAUAUCGGAAUGCUGUUCAUGACUUCGGCAAAAUGAUGGUUUAUAGAGUAACAAGACCUUGGUAUCACAUCGAUAGUAUAUUUGCAUUAUCUCCAAGUGGUCGGAAAGGAAAGGAAUUGGUGAAAACGCUUCACGAUUUUUCGAAAAAGAUAAUAGCAGAGAGGAAACUUUUUCAUGAACAAACUAACAGGAAAUAUUUAGAAAACUUUGAAGAAAUGCACGAGAAUCAUAUUUCUUCCGAAACAAUCAAAGAAAAUAAUAAGAAUCCGAUAUUCAAGAAAAGACUGGCUAUGCUAGAUUUACUUAUAGCCGCUUCAUUGAAAGAUAAUCAAUUCGAUGAGGAAGGAAUACGAGAAGAAGUCGAUACUUUUGUGUUUGCAGGUCACGACACUACGGCAAUGGCCUUAUGUUUCUCUUUACUUCUUUUUGCCAAACACAAAGAUGUUCAGGAACGUAUUAGAAACGAAGUGAAGACAAUUAUAGAAAAAAGAGAUCUUAAAUUGACGCUCUCGGAUAUUCGAGAAUUUUCAUAUUUGGAAAGAUGUCUUAAAGAAUCACUUCGUUUAUACCCCAGUGUUAAUUCUAUAACUCGUUAUAUAACUCAAGAUUUACAGCUGAAAAAUUAUUUAAUCCCUGCUGGUACGAACUGUAAAAUAAGUAUCCACAGUGUACACAGGAAUUCAGAUUUAUGGCCAAAUCCCGAAGUUUUCGAUCCCGAUAGAUUUUUACCGGAAAAUAUAGCAAGACGUAAUCCUUAUUCUUACAUUCCAUUUAGUGCUGGACCAAGGAAUUGCGUGGGUCAAAAAUUCGCAAUGCUGGAACUUAAAGUCACGGUAGCUUACAUAUUGCACCAUUUUUAUUUGGAACCAGUGGAUGAACUAGACGACAUUAAAGUAAUAGGCGAUAUUGUUCUGCGCUCUUCUAAACCUCUUCGUGUCAAAUUUGUACCUAUAAAAUAACAGUAAUGCAUCUUUCUUAUUCCAUUCUCAUAACGAAAUAAAUUAUAAGAACGAGACAAUCCAUUUUUCGAAUCAUUCCUUUACAUUUCAAAUCUUAUGCAAAUUCCUUUACAUUUUUGUUUUACAUUAUGAAAAAAUUUAUUUGCAUACAAAGCUGUUGUUUAUCAAAAUUAUAUAACAACUUCGUCGAUUGAUCUUUUAUAUUCUCUAUAAGUAUAAGGCGAAUUUAUAAAGAUAUCUCAGUGUCUGAACUGAAAUGAAGCACAGUGUCUGUGUUUUCACCGAGAAAUCAUCAAUCUUAAAAGUUAUUUACUCUUCUUAUAUUUUGCUUUAAGUUAUGUAUUAGUAACUUGUAAAAAACAACAUACUCGGCAGUUGCGAAUAUCUUUCUGGAAUAAUUUGUUAUUCAAAUGAUUGUAUUGUCGGUAAAGUCGUGUUAUAAAUUUGGACACGUAAUUCCCAAGGUAAAAUAAUAUAUGUGCAUAUAAUUUAGAAGGUAAGGUAAUUUUGCCGACAUGACGAAUAUUUUUCAUAAUCGAUUAUUUUGUCCUUGACAUAUAAUAUAAUAAAAUCAGAUGAUAAAUUUUAAAUAACUGAAUAACGUGCAUUAUUUCGAUGUUAUAAACUCUAUGUGGUGAAAGGCGAUACGAUUAUAGUUAUAAUGUUGAAUCACGAAACAUAAUCACAUCUUGUUAUUUUCUUAUUUUUAUUGUAUAUAUGUAUUUUCUUUUUCCUUUCUUUUUUCUCAUUGCUCAUUUUUCCCAAUCAAUUUAUUCACUGUAACACAACUUAUUAAAGAUUUCUGUCAAUCUUUUUUUUCUCAAUUUCAUUUUGUUUUUGUGAUAUGUCAAUUAAAAAAAUAAAACGCAUCGUCUUAGAGACGUAACUCCUUA